CACACAACUGCGCGGCACGCGUCCCCGCCUGGGACGCCCAUCUCACCUACACCGCAUCUUCCGACUACAACCUUCAAAGCUUCAUGUUCUAACGUCCGUCCGAUUGGCCCUACUUUCUUGAAUACCACUCGAAUCAUUCUGGGCCCACGAUGCCCGCUGGCUACGCACCGCUGCCAAAUCCCCGUUCUGAGCCGGACGCAGACCGGGAGUUGGAGGAUGCGUUCGACGACCACGAAGAUGACGAGCACUCGGCGACCGAGACGUCCCACCUGACGCACGGGCACUACGUCGACUCGCAUCCGCUAGCGGUAGACACAACAGCGCCGUCGGCAGCAACACCCACAUCGCGGCCUGGAGCGUACGACUUCGAGCGCGAGUACGAGUACGACUUUCCCCCACCCGGCUCGCCCCCAUCGCCCUCCAACUUCGCCCGCCCUAAUGACUGGGGCAACUCGAAUGGCGAGCUGCCAGUGGCCCCCCAGCGUCCGGAGCCACCGCGACCGUCGUUCUUCCGGCGGGUGGUGGGCGCGCUACUCCCCCAGCAUUACUCAAGAGUGCCUACGGAGCCGAAUGGUGCGUCCGCACCGCUGGGCGGUGGGCUGGAUAACGAUGGGGUGUUUGCGAACGUGAUGGCGAAGCCUGGGAGGUCCGUUGCGUUGACGAACGAGAACGGGGAAGUUAUCAUGGUGCCCGAGGAUUCGCAGAAUGAAUUGCCGCCGUCGUACCAGGAAGCGCAGGCGGACGCUGUGCCGCCGUACUGGGAGACGACCGUCAUGGCGCCGGCGAUGAUGUCCAUCGGCGGGGACAUGAUUGUGGACGACUUGCCCACGGGCUCCGUAAUUUUCUUCAUCUCGACCGCCUUCGUCUCGUAUUUCUUCCAGUUCGUCGGCUUCGUGCUCACGUACCUCCUCCACACCACGCACGCCGCCAAGCACGGCUCGCGCGCGGGCCUCGGGCUCACGAUGAUCCAGUACGGGUUCUCGUCGCGCAUGCGCGCUGCACAGGAAGAAGGCGACGGUGGCGUCGGCCAGGACCUCAUUUUGUGGAAUGCAACGACUGGUUUACCGGAGGUCAUACAUAAGACGGGGCCGGGCCAGGCGAUGUUGCCUAAUGGCACGGUGAUAGACAUAUCCUCGGCGGAAUGGAGCAUGGGAUCGCGGGACUGGAUGUCCUUCUUGCUGAUAAUCAUGGGCUGGUUCCUCCUCGUCGCGUCCAUCAUUGGCUUCUACCGCGUCAAGCGGUGGGAGAAGUCCAUCCGGCAAGCGGCAAAUCCCCCCGCUCCGAGCUCGUCUGAGCAGGUGCUGCAGGACAUAGAGACGCGCCGCAAUAUCGAGCGCGUCUUCGGCAUCUACGACUACAACGAGCACGCCGAGCCGCCCACGCCGACCACGACGCAGCUGAACGAGGCGGAGUCGCGGCUGCAGAGAGACCUACGGGAGGCAGGCUUACUUUAGGUGUACAUUAGGUUUGAGUAGUUUGAGCGGACACGGUUCCAUGGUAUGCAGACGUUCCGAGGAGAUUGUACUAUUUAUCUCAGUACACGUUGUGCUAAUGUGAUCACAGUGACUACCCUU